AUGCGACCUCCCGCGCUCCGGUUGCCAUCGCCGCGGUCGCCGGCCGCGCAGUGCACUGUCGGCACCGCGUCUCUCUCUGUGAUCAUCCCUGCGUACGACGAGGCAGAGAGGCUUCCGCGCACGCUCGAGGAGUCGCUCGCUCACCUGUCGACCACCCGGCGCGGCCCGUGGGAGAUCAUCGUGGUGGACGACGGCUCCCACGAUUCAACUUGCGAGUUCGUCGCAGCGCGGCUGGCGGCGGAGCCGCGGCUGCGGCUCCUCUCCUCCGGCCAUGGCCGUCGGCUGCCGCGCCGCGGCUCUCGCCGCUCGGCCCGCCGCGAGGAGGCUGAUGGGAGUCGUCUUUGCGGCUCUCGCGUCGACGCGCGCGAGCUCUUCCCGUCGCUGCAGAUCCGCGGCUGGGCAUACGAUGUGCAGCUCCUCGCCCUCGCGCAGGCCAGAGGCUACCGCAUCGCCUCGGUGCCGGUGGCGUGGCGCGACGUCGAGGGGUCGAAGCGCGGGCAGUCGAAUGGACAGGUGACGCCGCUCACGCCGCUGCAGAUGGCGGCCGACCUCGUCGCCUUGCGGCUGCAGCUGGCGCUGCUGGCAGCUCUGGAGUGGGCUUGUGAGGCGGCCGUCUCGGAGUGGGUCGUCGAGGGGAUCCGUGUCGAGCUCGGAAUCUCGGCAAACCUCGCCUGGCGACGAAGCUUUGCGAAGGUGUGGGACGAGCCACCUCUGUGCGGCAGCGGCGUGCUGGCGGCCGGCGCCCUCGCCCUCGGCGCCUCAAAGGCGACCGCCGUCGACGUCGACGCGGAGGCGCUCGUGGUGGCCGCCGCCAAUUUGGAGCUGAACGGCGGCCGAGUAGCGUGGCGGAGAUCACCCCGAGGCGUCGAGCAGCGCGCCGAGCUGCUGCACGUGCGCGAGGUGGUGCCGGGCGGGCUGGGAGUGAUCAUAGCGAAAAAUGGGGUGAUCGGGGUGCCUCCGGCGGAUGUUGUGGUGGCAAACAUCCUCGUAGGGCAGCUGGUUCGGCCGAGCAUGGUCUGUUCCCUCUGUGCCAACCUCGCGCCAGGCGGGCUGCUCUGCCUCUCGGGCGUUCGGCCGCACGAGAUCGGCAGCCUGAAAGAGGCGUACGGGACGUGGGUCGAGUGGGAGGACUGGAUGUACGCCGAGGCCGACCCGGGGGUGGGCGGGGAGGCGUAUUGGGGCACAUGGGCGCGGCUUGUCGGGCGGCGCGUCGCGACGCCGGAGCAGACUGCGAUGCUGUCCGAACACGCGGUGAGCUAAUGCCGUGUAACGCGGAGUCUGGUCACCGGGGUAGAGUGAAGAGUGCUGACGAUUCAAAAACAAGGUGUGGAG